AUGCCUCCAGACUUCAAGCCAGGCCAGAUUACCUGGGAUGCCUCAGAUGGAGGGUGGCAGGCAUUGUCCCUCCACCUUCCCCCUAAACCCACCCCUCCGGUGGCUGUCACCUUUCAGAACCCAGUGAGAAGUGCAGUGGUCCAGGGUCUACCGGAGAGGAAACGGGGACCUCCCUGUUUCCCACACGGUAUCGGGCUGGUCUCCACAGUGUGCGGGAAGCCCAGGGGCGUAGGGAUGAUCACUGGUGGCCAGGAGGCCGUGGAAGGCCAGUGGCCAUGGCAGGCCAGCCUGCAGUACCGGGACAUUCAUCCCUGUGGAGCUGUGCUCAUUGAUUCCCACUGGGUGUUCUCUACCGCCCACUGCUUUCCAAAGAAGUCUCAUGCCCCUGAAGAUUACUGGGUGAUUGGGGGAAGUACGCAGCUCUACCAGGACACCCAAUACGCCAGGACAGUGACUGUGAGCUGCAUUAUCAUCCAUCCAGACUUUAAGAAGCUCCACCAUUUUGCAACAGUGUUAAAACUGCACCAACCUGUGAACUUCAGCUCCUAUAUCAUUCCUGUCUGCCUUCCAACCCCUGGCAUGGAGCUGCCCCUUGGCACAUCUUGUUGGAUAACUGGCUGGGGAAAGCUCACCGGUGAUUCUGGAGGCCUUCUGGUCUUUGACUUCUGCAAGAGUUGGGUUCUUCUGGGGUUGGCCAGUUGGGGCCUGGACUACCAGCGUCCCAUGUCCCUCAGUGUCUUCACCAGUGUUGUCCAUUUCAUCAAGUGGAUCGUCCAGAUCCAGAGACUUGUGCCUCUUCCUGUUUCCUUGUCUGCUCCUCCUGAGGUCCCAUUUCUAUAUGAAUCCUAG